GGAUGCAAAUGCAUUACCAACAUAAUCAACCAUGGCUCUCAACACUGAUGACAAAGCCAACAUCCGUGGCAUCUGGCCAUGUAUAGCUAGCCAUGCUGAGCAGUAUGGUGCAGAAGCUCUUCACAGGAUGUUCCUUUGCCACCCUCAAACCAAGACAUACUUUCCCACUUUUGACUUCCACGCAAAUUCUGCUCAACUAAAGGGUCAUGGCAAGAAGGUAAUGAAUGCUCUGACUGAAGUGGUCAAACAUCUGGACCACCCUGAGGCCUCAUUGAGCCAUCUGAGUGAUCUCCAUGCCUUUACCUUGAGGGUGGAUCCUGGCAACUUUGCUUUAUUGAGCAAAAAUAUCCUGGUUGUCGUUGCUGUCCACCACUCAGACAAACUGGACUGCGAUACUCAUGAGGCCCUGGACAAGUUCCUCAACGUGGUUUCUGGUGUGCUGACCUCCAAGUACCGUUAAGGGAUUCUGUCACCACGGAAGAUAGAGUUACACCACUCACCCAAUUAUGUAUUUCAAGCUAUAAAAACAGCUGAAUGAAAAAAACAUGAAAUAAAAUGGAUUAUGCUCCAA